UAAAAAAUAAAUACAGACUGGGCUACCCGGAAAGGAAAAACUAUAGCCUGCUCGCAGGCUAAGGAAAAUCAAGCUUUACACUCUUCACAAGUGGAAGCACCGGAUAGCGCAAAUUGGCGGGAAACACAACCGAAGAUUCGAACCAGUGAUUCGAACUUUCGAAGGAGCGACUUUAAACAUGAUCGGUUGAUUGGAACUUCGAAGCAGUUACAUUGUUCUUUUAGCUAGAGUAUAAAAGAUUCCAUCAUGGAAACAUUUGUAGAAGGCUGGAAUUUUGUCGCGACUCUGGGGGAAGGAGCAUUUGGCGAGUACGUUUUAUAAUGAUUGAAAUGUGUUACAACAGUAUAAGCACAUCAUUGCUGAUAUACUGUCUGCUGUGUAUUAUAAUCUUGUCUCAGUGUAUUUAUGUCUCAAUGUAUUUCGAAUGAAUGAAAAGUUGAUCACAUAUUACUUACAAAGCGCAUUUUUCUGCAGGGUGAAGCUGGCCAUUAAUCAAACUACUGAGGAGGCAAUUGCUGUGAAAAUUAUCAAUUUGAAGCAAGUGGCAUGUCCUGACGAUAUUCGCAAAGAGGUUUACUAUAAUAUUAAAUAAAUAUUAUAUAGGUGCACCUAAAUAUUAACCAAUAAAGCUGCAAUGCGCCAAAAUGCACCCGACUUUACUAUUUCACUCUGUCUAACGGCAGACAAUUUUGUGCUUCAAGGGCAAGGGUGGGUUGACUACAAAAUUUUUGUAGUUCGCCAGCCCUCGAAAACGAGGUUGGCAUUCGGCAAAUUAUGCCUACCUAAAUGCUGAUCUAUCAACCUCCCAGGUCGGCAAAUUUUUGUAAUGUAAAAAUAGCCAAUGUAAAAAUAUUCGCUAUUAUCGCUACGCUAUAGUUUUUAGUUUUUCUGUAUUUGGAGCAUCUACUAACUCAAGCUGUAAUUAACCUAUAACAAUCGACUUACCAGUAGCAACAGUAAACACAAAGCAACAUUUUGGUAAGCACUACAGUGUUCUGGAGUGCAAAUUGACUAUUGAGUAUUGUUUUUAAGCGAACCAUGUCUCAAUAUCAUGCUAUUCUAUCAAGUUGCUAACAGUUUUAAAAAGUAGUGAAUAGUGAUUCGCUGUUUGAAAAGUAGUCAACUACUUGGCUACUUUUAGGCAAAUUGUAGUUCGCUAUAACUACAGCUACUGUUUUAAAAAAGUAGUCAAAAACUACUAGCUACUUGAAAAUUGUAGUUUGCUACAGUAACAAACUACAACUACUUUGCUACUACCCACCCUUGUUCAAGGGGAGAGCUUUGUACACUAAUGUCUCACUAUGGGACAAACAAAUUUCUUAUGAAUAAAACCAUACUCAGCUAAGUUGUUAGGGAUUGAUGCAUUCUACCUGAGAAAUACAGGGACAAAUUCUCCUUGUAUUUUUCAGGUGGUCGCAUCCCUGUCGACCGAUGUUUUAUUAUUUCAUUCAAGAUUAUAUCAGCUAAGGACACUGUGUUAUGGGCACUCUCCACUUUGAGUGCUGGUGCUAUCCCCUUGAACGCCUGCACUCUCCCCUUGAACGCCUGCACUCUCCCAUUUGAGCUCCGGCACUCUCCCAUUUGAGCACCGGCACUCUCCCCUUGACAAGUAAAAUCAUCUGGUGUUGGACAGUCGCCUUUGAGGCCGACUCACGGAUGAUAUCAAAAUGAAAGUGACAAAAAGAAUUAGAGCAGUUUGCAGUUGUUUUUGCAAACAGGCACUGUGUGAAUUUUGCCAUUUGCAUGCUUGGUGCAAUCAAAAGAACGAACGUGUGCUCCAGCCUGUUUUCCGGUUCUAAAAUGUCUGAUUCGCAGGCAAACAGUGUGUGCAAAGCAGGCUGGUCAUUUCCCAUUGUUUAACUGACCCACACUCAAGUAACCACAAAGACUCACAGAUGUUGCUAUAGCUUUGCAACAUCUGUGAGUCAAAAAUAAUGUAGGACGCAAUAUAACUUGGGCUAACUGAUCACACUGCCAGAUGGUUUGUCAUUCUGCAACACAGUACAUGAAUUACAAAUUAAACCUUUCUUAGAUAUGCAUUCACCGCAUGUUGCAAGAUGUGCAUAUCAUUCGCUUCUAUGGUAGCAGAACAGAUGGUGACAAACAGUAUUUGUUCCUGGAAUAUGCAUCAGGAGGAGAACUCUUUGACAAAAUUGGUGAGGUUAUUGUUUAUUUUUUAAUUAGCAUGGCGAUGCACUCAGGAUGCGAUAAUUAAGGUUUAGCUGUAGUUCACUGGUGUACUUAGUGUAGUCUUCGGGAUGAAGUGUACUUCAGGGUUUAAAAUAGCUGUCGGCUGUCACCAGCAUUUUCACAGCUUUAGCCGGUGACUUGUUUUAAUUAAAUUAGUAAUAAUGAGUUUUUCUUCUUAAUAUUUAAUCCAUUGAUCUACAAUAUACAAUGAAUUUGUGAGUUUUAAAUUAAAAAGAUGCUGUCUUGACAUAAAAAUAUUACGUUAAGCAUUCUGGCAGCCAUGAAUCUGGUUGCCAUGAAUUUCUGGUUGCCAUGAACAUGAUCAAUGUCCUGUAUGAAAGAUCCAUGGACAAAAAAGCAUUAGUUCUUAGUAAAUAUUUAAAAAUUUCAAUAUGUGAUGGCUUAUUUAAUUGCUUGUGUAAUGCUGGGCAUUGAUUUUCAUCAUAUGAUUUUCAUAAUAAUUUUUGAAAAAUGUUUUGAUAUUUAAAAAGACUAUUGUUGCAUGCGUUUUGUAUUUUGCUACCCAUUUUACUGCAGCUUUUGUACAUGAUCCGGGUAUUUCAUGUUCGACUUAUCAGAGCUUGAAAAAGAUUGCCAGUACAAAAAAGGUACACGCACACACCAAACAGCUUAUAUCUAAAUUUUAAUUAAUAUUUAUUUUAAACCCUGUUACUUAGUUAAAGUAUGUAAAACAUAAAAGGAGCAUAUUUUAUUUGUUUCCUUAGCCCCAUUUCACAGGCGUUCGUUAUGGAUUAGGUUUAGUGUUUAUAGGAUUUUAUUAAGAGAUUACGAAACCGGAUGCAAUGUUUAUUGACAUCACCUGCAACGAACGCUGUGAGGUGGUCAAACCACAUUCCAUCAGGCCAGUCAAGCUUCAUGCCAAAACAUGUCGGAGAUGUCGAGUUUACACAUAUAACUGCCUGUUAGGGUUUGGAACGUUUACUGGUUAUAUGGUACCAGCAAAAUGUACGAAUAUUUAAAUAUAGUGCGAAAAUAAUAUGAAAAUAAUAGUAUGGUGAAAACAAACAAGUUCCAGACUGUCACCAUAGACAGGUUCUCAUAAUUUUUACCGGGGUGGUGCCAGAACUUUUAGCGGGGUGAGCAGGUGAGGCAACACAAAGCAUUACCAAACCCCAAUGAGGUCUACACUCUAGGGGUGGACUGUGGAGCCUGAGCAUAGAGAAGAGUGUCGAUUAAUUUACUGUAUUGUAUAAAAAAUCCUUUAACUGAACCAUAGUUACAUAUUUUUACAUACAAAGAUUCUUUAAUUUUCUCGUUUCUUUACGUUAUAAUAUCUAACUUAUAUUUUGGGUUAAACUUAGUAAAGUAAUACUUAUUAUCAACUUUAAAAGCAAAGGACUAUGCAAAGGAUGAUCUAAGCUGAGAUAAUAGAAUUUUAAAGCUUUAUAUUGCUCCAAUAAACCAGUGAUUCUGAAUGGAAGUGAGGUGCGAUUAGUUUCAGAGUGUUGCAUUGUCCUUUUCUGUUUGAGUGUUUUCCUACGUUUAUUUUUUUAUCAUCACUAUUUAUUUAUUUUGCCGCCGACAGUUGGGUGAGUGGGGUGUGGUGAAAACUAAUAUUCGAUCACCGUAAUGACGUGUAAGUAUAGGCCAAUUACCUAAAAAAAACUGCAGUAUUUUGACCAAGUACUUACAUUUACUGUGCAGGUAUUAAAAAGAAAAUGGCAAGUUUCACUAAAUGAAAUCAAUAAGACCAAGUUAAGUUAUACUCUUCAAAGGUGCAGAUUUAACUUUUACAGUAUUAGGGCGAUGGGAAUUUUCACUUGCUACUAUAUACUAUACUUAUUGUAAUAGAUUAAGCAUAAAAACGAGGCUGAGAGGCCCAGAAAUGAACUCUCGUAGUCGAGUUAACUAAAGCCAAGUGUGUUUGUGCAAAAACCAGUGUGUAAAACGAAAUUGAAAACUCUGGGAAUGCCUUGUCGAACAGCGCACUCAAAUUUUUACUUGCUUUCAUAGAGUAAAUUUCAAUUUUAGGAGACCAAAGCCCUGCAAGUAUUCUGGUCUACAAUUAUAUUAGUUCAAUACGUUACCAAUUAUGUCGUUAGGAUAUGCCUACAGGCAUGAUAAAGUCCCUAACUAAAGACACACAAUUUUAAUAUCAAACCCGUUUUGGUACUUAAAGGUGCAUUGUACCAUACUGUUAACCUAAGGCAAGCUCACUCUCUUUAAAAUUAUAUUUGUUUUUCUUAGAACCUGAUAUUGGCAUGCCCCAAAUGCUGGCCCAAAAAUAUUUUAGGCAAUUGCUGGAUGGCGUGGUAUGUAAACCUAAAUAUUUUAGAGUCUGAAAUAUAUUAUAAAUACAA